GCAUGAAUGCAUGAUCCGUUCUUCUAUGAUUUGAAGAUAAUUAUUUUUAUAUUGUUUAUAGGGAGGAAACAAAUCCUGGAUUCUAGGUUUUGCAAAUCGUGCUACCAAAUUGUACAUCCCAAAUGAGAGAAAUCAAAGGUCCGUCGAUUUUGGCCAAGUGGGAAAUGCAAAUAUGGCCCUGUUUUCAUACAUUUGGGGAAAAUCCAACAAUUGGCCAUGGUUUUAAACUUGGUAGCGUUUUGACAGAUUGUGAGGUAAAUUGAUUCCAAAUGAAGAAGAUAAAGGAUAGAAGAAAAAAAGGGUAGGGAGGGGACAAAGAUGUAAUUGACCAAUUUUGAGAAGAGAGUUUGAUCCAUAGAAGCUUUUGUGGGAAAGGAAAAGGCAGAAUAUGAAAAAAAAAAUUGAGGAGCUGUAUUAGGUAGUUUGUGAGACUUUAAGCUUCUGCGGGAAGGAAAUUGAUAGUCAAGUUUCAAUCUCACUCACCAUACUCACCAUGGUGGUGUUUGUUACAUGGGACUGGCCAGGACUGGAUGGGUUUGAGUCCCAAUCUGGUGUUUGGGAAGGAAAAUGAAGGACGGGAUAAAUGUGUCCCGUUAGUUGAAUUAUCCGAAACGAGGGGGACAAAACUGACCCACCAAAACACCUGGGUCACUUUUGUCCUGCCCUCUUUCGAUGCUUUCAACCUCUCAGCCUCUCACACCCGUUCGCCACUUCUUUUCGAUUUGAAGCCAUAAUUCUUGACCUCGAAGACGUUUGAAGCCAUUACUACCAGCACGCCAGCCACGCAGCUGUCAAAGCUAACCCUAACUCUGCCACCGGCGAAACCCAUUUCAACCAGAUUGUCUCCCCAAAAUUCGAAGGCCUGAACCUCGUGAAACGGCAUCGUUUGGUACGCAGGAUAGAUCGACGAGCUCCAAUCUGGACUCCACGCCCUUUCUAUCGUCGCCAAGACUCCUCGCUCGAAUCUCAACCCAAACGUCGACCAGAAAACUGGGUUUUUGUUGUCUCUCAUUUCAGCAUUUCAGCAACCGGCCUUCUCUCCCAACUCCGAAAUUCCAGCAUUUCAUUUCUUUUUCCCUUGCCUUUCCCCAAUCCCUCAUUGCCCACUCUUCCACCCUGCUGAUCCCCAAGGCCAGUGACCGUAUCUAACAGAGAUGGAUGGAAGAAAAUUAGUUGUGAUUCAAUCUUUUUGUUGGGACUUUAUGUUUAUCUUUUUUAUGUACAUGUAUGUAGCGUGCCAAAGGAGAAAUGAAAGACGUGUUAGGAAUAGAAUAACUAGGAAUACCGAAUUGCGUACAUCUUUUAUAGAUAGUUUGUUGGACAAUGAUGUCACUUGUAUUAGUCAAUUGAGGAUGGAUAGGAGAACAUUUGUUAUUUUAUGUCGGUUAUUACGCCAGGAUGGAUAUGUGAAAAGAGAUGGUACUGUUACAUUGGAAGAGCAAGUGUGCAUAUUUUUGCACAUAAUUGCUCAUCAUACAAAAAACCGUACAAUUAUCAAUCGAUUCUAUAGAUCAGGGGAGACAAUUAGUAGAUAUUUCAAUUCAGUAUUGAAUGGGGUGUUGCGCUUACAUUCCAUUUUGUUGAGGCAUCCUGAACCUGUGUCGGAUAAUUGCUCGGAUGAUAGAUGGAAAAUGUUUAAGAAUUGUUUGGGAGCAUUAGAUGGAACUUAUAUUAAGCUGAAAGUACCUGAAAUCGAUAAGCCAAGAUAUCGAACAAGAAAGGGUGAGAUCGCAACAAAUGUCUUAGGUGUAUGUAACCCGAAUAUGGAAUUUAUAUUUGUAUUACUGGGUUGGGAAGGCUCCGCUUCAGAUUCCAGAGUACUUAAAGAUGCAAUAAGUAGGCCAAAUGGACUAAAAGUACCAACCGGUUGUUAUUACUUAGUGGAUGCUGGUUACACAAAUGGUGAAGGAUUUCUUGCACCAUAUAGGGGAACAAGAUAUCACCUUUCCGAAUGGAGAGAUGGUUGUGCACCCAUAAAUCAUCAAGAGUAUUUCAACAUGAAGCAUGCAUCAGCUAGGAAUAUCAUAGAAAGAUGCUUUGGGGUUCUUAAAAUGCGAUGGGCAAUUUUAAGAAGUCCAUUUUUCUACCCAAUUGCAACACAAAUCAAAACCAUUACUGCAUGUUGUCUGAUACAUAAUCUGAUUAGAAGAGAAAUGACACUCGAUCCUGGAGAAGUCGAAUAUGAUAGGAUGGAAAAUGUGGACAUUAAUGAAGAGGAGGACAUUAUAGGAUCAAUUGCUUCCUCAGAUCAAUGGACAAAUUGGAGAGAUGAGUUAGCUAAGCAAAUGUUUGCAAUGGAAGCUGGAGGUAGCAGUAACGAUAAUAGGUGGGGUGAAUCUAGGCGUACAUGGAGUAGAGGUGAGGAAGAAGCUUUGCUGGUUCUUUUAGAUGAAGCUGUAGCUAGUGGGCAACGUUGUGACACGGGAGCAUUUAAACCUGGUACACUUAAUAUGAUUGAGCGGCAACUGGCUGAAAUGUGUCCUAACUCGGGAUUGCGAGCAACUCCACAUAUUGAAUCGAAGCUAAAAAAGUGGAAGAAGCAAUAUGGCAUCAUAUACGACAUACUGAACAAAAGUGGAUUUGGAUGGAAUGACACUCUUAAAUGUGUGGAGAUUGACAGUGACGAUGCUUGGAAAGUAUAUGUGCAGAGUAAUCCAAGUGCAAAAAGUUGGAGAGAUAAACAUUUUCCAAUAUAUGAGAGGCUUGCUAAUAUUUUUGGGAAGGAUCGGGCAACAGGACAUGGAGCACAAACUCCAAUUGAUUUAGUUAAUGAUAUAAAUAUGGAGCCUGACAAUGACCAAUUUGAUGAUGUGGGUUCUCCAAUGUCUAUGAAUCAAACACAUAGUCAACUGCCCACACAAUCCCAAUUAAGAGGUAAGAGGAAAGCUCAAUCGAAGGAUGUUGACAUCGUUAGCGGGUUAAAUAAUGUAGCAGAUAAGUUUAUAGAUAAAUUGGCUACACAGUUAGACAAGUUGGAGAAGUCUGAUAUCAACUAUCCACAAUACUUAGCUAUGGACCUUAACAGGUUAGGAUUCCCUAUUACUGACAAUCUCAAAAUCUCUAAGGCAAUGAGAUCGGAUCCAUCGAACGUUGAGGUUUUCAAGAUUAUUAAAAUCGAUGCGCAGAAGAUUGAAUUUGCUCGUGGAUUUUUGGAUAACUAAAUUAGUAUUGUUGUGGAUUAUAUAUUUAUAGAUAUGUAUGAGAAGAUGACAACUAUGAACAGUUGGAAUUGAAACUUAUGGACAUAUAUUGUAACGUAUUGAAUGUUGGUUUCUAA